AUGACGUCGAAAAAAUCGAAAAAAGGCAAGACUAUGGCAUUGAAUGAGUUUCUUUCUACAGACCAAAAAUUAGUUACUGUACGAGCAAACUGGUCAGAAAUAGUUGAUAAUGAAGAAGCAGAAGAAAAACCUAUAGUUAUUGAUAUAGGUGGUUUACCUACAGCACCUCGAGGCGCUGUUGAUAUUGAUUAUAGUAAUCUACCAAACAAUCCUCCAUUUGUUGCCCAUAUUGCUAAUCUAUCAUUUGAAAUUGAUGAUGAAGGUUUACGAAGAAUAUUUGCGGAUUUAAAUCCAAAAUCAGCCCGAGUAAUGAAAGAUGGUAUGCGUAGUCGUGGUAUUGGUUUAGUUGAAUUUGACACACGUGACAAUUUAAUCGAUGGUUUAAAAAGAACAGAUAAAGAAGUCUACGGACGUAAAAUACGUGUCAGUGUUUCGGAUAAAACAGAUUCACAUCAAUCAGACGGUGGUCGAGGAACAUUUGGUAAUAAUCGAUCGAAUCGUAGUGGUGGUGGUGGUGGAGAAGAACGACCAGAAAUGUCUGAGAGAUGGGCGAGAGUUGAACCUCGAUCUGAUGAAACAUCUAAUGAUCGACCAAGUGGUGGAUUCAAUCGUGACAGACCAAAUCGUGGUGACCAAGGACGAUCAAAUAUGGGUGGUAAUUCACGAGAUAGUCACGGUAAUGAUUUUGGAUUUGGUUAUCCACGCACGAGAGAUGAACGAGGAGGAGGAAAUAGUGGUGGAAAUCGUGAUUAUAAUCGACCAGGACAACGUAAUCGUUAUAAUAAUGAUGAUGAUAAUCGAUCGAAUAGUGGAGCAGAUAGACCACGUUAUGCCGGUCGAUACAGUGACACACGUGAUACUCGUGAUCGAGCCCGACCAACUCCUGAUGAAGCUAAUACUACUACUACUGGUGAUGAUCCAAAAGAACCACCACGUGAACGUCAACGACUUCAACUUCAACCACGUACAAAACCACUCGAAGAAUUUGAACCAUUAUCUGGUUCAUCAUCAUCUAUUAACAAUGUUGCUGCUAAUGCUGCACAAUCAUCAACAACAAAUGCAGAUGAUUCAUCAUCAUCUCUAGGAAAUACGUCUAUUCAACAGACACAAAAUUCGUCAAUAAACGAAAGUCGAGAUGAAUAUCAACAACAAGAAUCUCGAGAUUCAAACGAUCGAGUAAAUACAUCCGAUGAACAACCAACAAUAAAACCAUCACGUCCUGCUGGUGCAUCUAUAUUUGGUGGAGCUAAACCGGUGGAUACAACUGCCAGAGAACUUGAAAUUGAAAGAAAAAUAAAAGAACUUCAAGUGACUAGUAGUGAACCAUCGGGUGAUAAUGAAGAAAAACCGUCUUCCUCUAGGCCAUCAUAUAAUCGUGCUAGUGAUCGAGGUAAUGAUCGUGGUAAUGAUCGUGGUAAUGAUCGAGGUAAUGAUCGAGGCAAUGAUCGUAAUAAUGAUCGAGGUAGUUAUCGUGGCAAUGACCGAGAUACUUACCGUGGUAAACGUUCAUCACAAAACGAUGAUCAUCGUGGUCGAAGAGAUGAUGAUCGAUCUGGGCAAGGUGGAGAUUAUCAUCAUAAACGAGAAUUCAGUGGUGGCCGACAGUUCGAAGAUGAAGGUCGAAAGCGUAAUGAUGACGAACAACCACCUCGUCGUGGCGGUUUUGAUCGAGAACGUCAUGGUGGUCCAUCCCAACGUGAUCAUGACUCCGGUCGUGGAAAUAAAUAUAAUUCACAAAAUCAACCUGAACGUGAUACUGAACGUGGUAAUAAUCGACAACGUGAUCGUGAAGAUCGUAAUCCUGAUCCAAAUGAAUUUAGUACUUAUGGACGUCCAUCAAAUAAUAAAUUUAAUGCUGAAUCACAAUCUCAACAUCCGCCACGUGGAGGUGGCCGACGAAUAAUACAAACCGAUGAUAAUUCGAAUAAACUUCAAUUGUCAAAUAAAUUUGGUAUGCUGCUUGAUGACGAUGCACUUGAUGAUGACAAUGAAAAUGAAGAUGCUCAAAGUCCGAGUAUUGAAGAAUAA